AUGAAGUGCUGGUUCUCCUGCAACCACCACUGCCGCAGGUCCCGCUACAAGGAAGACCACAGGUUGUCAGAAAUCAGGGAGGAGGGAAAGCGAGAGAAAGGGAAUCAGGAAGGUGGGCCAAAGGAGGCGGCUGUCGGAGAAGGCUGUCCUCCUCGACGGGCGCCCAGAGCUGAGCCCCAGCCAGACGGGGCAGUUGAGGAUGGUGACGAUCCGGAAAGCCCUGCCAAGGCCCCCCAGCCCCUGGGGACGCUCCCCUCCAAGGAAGCACCCGCAGAAGCCCAGCCACCCUCUUCCCAACCUGCUCCGAGUUUCCCGAUUCCCCAUCAUGAGAUUCUGGGCUUCAUUCAAGAGCUGGGGGCAGCACAGGAGCGUCAGUCUCGCCACCGCCGGGAGCGGAAAAAGGACCUCCGCAGCUGCCACGACUGCCUGAAGUCCAUCAAGACCUUGAAGGAGAACCUGCAGGAGGUCCAGGGCCGGCUCUGGAAGGUGGAAGCCAAGCUGGGCAUCCGCGUGCCCCCCCACGAGCUGGAGCUGGAGGAGGACGAGAAGGAGCCCCCCAAGGAAGGAGGAGGGGAGGGUGAGGAGAGCCCCCUGGCCUGGGCGCCCCUUCCAGUUUCCCCCCAGCCUGGAGGUGGGGCAGAGGGCAGCUGGUGAAGAUGCCAAGCCAGAGACAGAAGCAGGCGGACGCAGCCCACCAUUUCACCGGCUGGCGG